AGGUGUUAUUUAUCGAGGUCAGUUCAACGGAUUACAGUUUCAUGCUGUUUAUAAAAAAUCACAACUAUCCAACUAAUAUAACGUGAUUAGACAGAUGUUUGCACACGUUUGGACAGCAUUUGGUGAGGUAACGGUUGGGUGAAAGAUUCGAGAAAUGAACAAGCGUCAAACAGCAGAUUUUCUGUAGUCCACAAACUACAAAUCCCAACCUCUCUCGCCUUUAACAGAAAAGCAAAGCCACACUUGCGCCGUAAGGGAAAGAAGUGGAUGCGUUGGGGACACAGUAGGGGAAGGGAAAGGGAAAGAGACGAGGGUUUUCAACAUAAAUGGAGGUUCAUCCGUAGCGGUGAGAGAAGAGCAGCUGCAAAAAAAUACAAGUCAAAAUGGCGAAAGAGCAGGAGGUCGAACGCAUUGCUAAAACGCUGGACAAAAUGGUGCACAAGAAAAACACGGAUGGUGCCAUAUAUCUGCUGAGGGAACUGAAGAGCAUGAAGAUGUCUCUGGAGACCCUACAGUCCACCAGGAUCGGCAUGUCGGUGAACGCGGUGAGGAAGCAGAGUUCAGAGGAAGAGGUCCAGACUCUGGCCAAGUCACUCAUCAAGUCCUGGAAGAAACUACUGGAUGGUGCUGAGGGAAAGGCUGCGGAGGAGAAGAGGAGGGAGGGCUCUCCGCUGAGGUCAUCAACGUCCAAGGACAGUCCUGGAUCCAGCGACCAGAGCAAGAAACUGCCUGAGCCCCCUACGACCCCCACCACCCCUACGACCCCCACCUCUCCAAAGUUCACCUCCUUCCCCCAAGCCCCCGUCACCACUGACAGCGUACGCACCAAGUGCCGAGAGCUGCUGGUGGCUGCCCUGCAGACCGACGAUGACCACAAGACCAUUGGAGCAGACACGGACAACUUGGCUGCUCAGAUUGAGGACUGUAUCUACCAGGAGUUUAAGUCUACAGACCAGAAGUACAAGUCCAGACUGAGGAGCCGUAUCUCCAACCUGAAGGACCAGAAGAACCCGGACCUCCGACGCAACGUCCUCGCUGGGAACAUCUCUGCUGACCGUAUCGCUAGCAUGGCUGCUGAGGAGAUGGCGAGCGCGGAGCUGAAGGAGAUGAGGAAGGCUUUGACCAAGGACGCCAUCAGAGAGCACCAGCUGUCUAAAGUGGGCGGGACCGAGACGGACAUGUUUCAAUGUGGCAAAUGCAGGGGCAAGAACUGCACCUACACACAGGUGCAGACGCGCAGUGCUGAUGAGCCCAUGACCACCUUUGUUCUGUGCAACGGCUGUGGCAAUCGCUGGAAGUUCUGUUGAGGAGAAGAUAUUCUGGAUUUGCUAGUAGAAGAGCUGACCUGGAUGAUGAAAUAAACCUGGACCUAAUUUUGUUACAACUGCAGACUGUUUUCUUUUUUUGUGCUUUUUUUUGAUACCUUGUUUUUUUUUUUUUUUACAUUUAAAUCUGUAGAAAAUAUUUUGCCAUUUUGAUUUAAUAUCCUUUUUUUUUUUUAAAAAUAUUAAAUCACACUAGCCUGGGUGCCUUUUCUGGUUCUGUUCACUUGCCUCAACCUCUUAUGGAAUGUCAUGUUUGGUUUGACAGCAGGUUGGCAAGAGCACAAACUGUUCUGGGACCAGGCCGAAGUUGAACACUUGCUCUUAAAACAACAUUUUGGUUUGCUGUUCAUUAGUUGAAGCUCUAUCUUACUAUAAAAAAAAUCUUAAUUUUUUUUUGGGGGUGCCUUUCUUUGCCCCUCUGUGCCACAAAUGAUCAUUUUACUGUUAGUUUUAUACACUUGCUGUAUUUCGAGUGUUUAUACACUCUUAGCAUAAGUCCCAAAUGCCACCCUAUUCCCUGUAGUGCACUAUAAAGGGAAUGAGGUAACAUUUGGAUACAUACUUGCUGUAUAUAGAACAAGCCCGUUGUUUCACUUUAUUCUGAAUCUACAGUCUUACAUAUUCAGUACCACUCAAAACUCUGAAAUUGACGAAUAUGGAAUCAUGUAGUAACCAAAAAAAAUAAAGUGUUCAACAAAUCCAUUUUUUUUUUUUUUUGAUUCUUCAAAGUAGCCACCCGUUGCCUUGAUGACAGCUUUUGCACACUCUUGGCAUUCUCUCAACCAGCUUCAUGAGGUAGUCACCUGGAAUGCAUUUAAAUGAACAGGUGUGCCUUGUUAAUUUGGUUAAAAACCCUUGAAUGAGUAGGAGUGUUAAAAUUUUUUGACUGGUACUGUAUGAAUAAAAUGCACAGAUUCUUAGUUCUGUUUUGGUUCUUCCAUAAACAAAUGAGAGAAACAGGAGGAUCUGCUAGAAGAUAUAGAAUGAGAAAGGUUUGAGGACAGUUUCUCCUCUUUGCCUUCUCUGCUUGACCUUUAGGAGCCUGAUAUCCAAAUCGAGUUUGCUACUUUUUCUCCUUUCUGUUAAAACAAUUAUAAACUGUAGUUCAGACUACUGGAGUAAAAGAGCCUCCUGACAAACUAUCGACUGGUUUGAAAAGUGAUUUAUUUUGUAUUGUCAACAUUUUGUCCUCCCAAUGGGAACUUGUGUCAAUUUGAAUUAAAAACGGAUGUAAGGAGUGUGGAAAGAGA